CGUUCGGCUCGAGUUUCUCGACGUUCACUUUUUCAGACAACUUUCUUCUGUGUCGAGUUUUUAAUUCGGAAAAACUAGGCAUAUUGUCGGUGCGGCAGUGAUGAGCGAAACUAUAAGCUGCACGCCCGAAGUGGCGACGUUUGAGGUUCCGCAGCUUCAGUUCAACGAAGAUGGCUGGGGUCCAUGCGAGCUGCCGGAAGCGUUUAAGGACAUUCCUUAUCAGCCGUUCAGCAAGAGCGACCGUUUGGGAAAGAUCAGCGACUGGACUGGCACGGCCCAGACGGACAAGAAGUUUUCGAAUAAGUAUGCAUCCCAAUUUGGCGGAGGUAGCCAGUAUGCUUACUUCCACGAGGAGGAUGAGACCACAUUCCAUCUGGUCGAUAAUGCGCGGAUCCAGAAGCCUCCGCAUCAGCGAGGACGUUUCCGAGGCAACAUGCGAAACAAUCGCUCUGGCCGCGGUCGUGGAGCUCGCGGUGGUGUGCAGGUUGGUGGCAUGACGACGCUUUCGAAGGCUGCUUCGAAGCUGCGCGAUCAACGCCGUGGCACGACCCGUAAGUGGGGUAUGCGUGGCCCACCGCCGAAGAUCCGUGACGCGUCGGUUACGGUCCGGCCGGACUGGGUAACGAUCGAGGAGAUGGACUUCCCGCGGCUGUCCAAGCUGUCGCUGCCGAGCGUGAAGGAGGGCGAAGACAUCAUGACGUGCGGUACACUUGAGUACUACGACAAGACGUACGAUCGCGUGAACGUGAAGAACGAGCGGCCGCUGCAGAGCGUCGACCGGAUCUUCCACACCGUCACGACGACGGACGAUCCGAUCAUUCGGCAGCUGUCGAAGGCGCACGGAAAUGUGUACGCCACCGACGCCAUCCUGGCGACGAUCAUGUGCUGCACGCGCUCGAAUUACUCGUGGGACAUUGUGAUCGAGAAGAUCGGUGACAAGCUGUUCAUGGACAAGCGUGACAAUACGGAGUUCGAUCUGCUGACCGUGAACGAAACGGCCAGCGAGCCGCCACAGGAGGACGGCAAUUCGUUGAACUCACCGCGCAACCUGGCCAUCGAGGCCACCUUCAUCAACCACAACUUUAGCCAGCAGGUGCUGAAGAGCGGCGAGAAGGAAGCGAAGUUCAAGUUUGGCCAUCCCAAUCCGUUCAUUGGCGAUGACGAAGAUGGCGAGGUGGCCAGUGUCGCCUACCGCUACCGCAAGUGGGACCUCAACAAUGGCAUCACGCUAGUGGCACGUUGCGAGCACGAUGGUGUGCUGAAGGUGCCCCAGGGUGACACCCAGUUCCUCACCAUCAAGGCGCUGAACGAGUGGGACUCGAAGAUUGCGAAUGCCGUCGAGUGGCGCCACAAGCUGGACACCCAGCGCGGUGCCAUUCUGGCCAACGAGCUGCGUAACAACUCGUGCAAGCUGGCCAAGUGGACCAUCCAGGCACUGUUGGCCGGAUCUGACCAGCUCAAGUUCGGAUAUGUGUCCCGUGCGCACGUGCGUGACUCCUCGAAGCACGUCAUCCUCGGUACGCAGCAGUUCAAGCCGCAAGAGUUCGCCAAUCAGAUCAACUUGAGCAUGGACAACGCGUGGGGCAUCCUGCGGUGCAUCAUCGACAUCUGCAUGAAGCAGAAGGACGGCAAGUAUCUGAUCAUGAAGGAUCCGAACAAGCCGAUGGUACGUCUGUACGACAUCCCGGACAAUACGUUCGAGUCUGACGGAGAGGACGAGGAGGGUGACGACGGAGAACCGUUCCAGCCCAUGUACGGCUAUUCGGCCGCCGGUGGCAGUGCUUCCGCCACCGCACCGGCCACCGCAUCGACCGAUGCAGAUGCUGCUAGUUCUGCCACUAAGAGUGAAAAGGAAAGCGCUUAACAGUGAGGCCAGCACGUUACCCGUCUUUCGUCUUAUUAGAGCAUCGCCACAUUUAAUCAACUCAUUAACUUCAAACGGCUGCAACGCGACGUAUUUGUCAAACGAGGGCAAAUCAGAAUCUUAGCGAUUGCCCGUUUGCAGCCGAUUGCAGGCAAUUCUGAAGUAGGGACGGUUUGUCACUCAUCCGUACGCGAAAAGGUAUUCUGAAAGCAAACAAUUAUGAAAACAAUACAAAAAAAUGUCCCGGAUAGAACAUCCUUAC